CUCGCCCCUCUCCUGCGCCCGGAACUUUGGGCGUGCGGAACCUCGGUGGCGAAUCGCGGGCGCCGCGGACCCGGAGGGCGAUGGAGCAGGCACGAGGGCCCGGGGCUGUGGCAGACUCGCCCGAGGACGAGGUGGGGGAGGUGGGGGCGGCAAUGGCGGCGGCAGGUAACGCCGGCCCGGCCAUCCUGCAAGUGGCCGGCCUCUACCGAGGCCUCUGCACGGUGCGCAGCCGCACCCUGGGCCUGGGUUUUGUUUCACCCGCACAACUGCGCGUGUUCCCAGUGCGCCGCGGCUCGGGCCAGCCCUCGGGGGGCGCGGACGGCGGCGGGGCCGGGGCCGGGGCCGAGCUGGAGGCCAACCCCUUCUACCACCGCUACCGGGACAAGAUCCAGCAACUGCGCAGGUCCGACCCAGCUGCUUUUGAGUCACGCCUAGAAAAGCGCAGUGAGUUUCAGAAGCAACCAGUGGGGUAUUCUAGGCAAGGUGAUUUCAUCAAAUGUGUGGAGCAAAAGACAGAUGCCUUGGAGAAACAGCCUAUGAGCAAAGGAUUCACUAAGGACAAGACUCUCAGUUCAAUCUUUAACAUUGAGAUGGUGAAAGACAAAACUGCAGAAGAAAUAAAACAGAUUUGGCAGCAGUAUUUUGCAGCAAAAGAUACAGUCUACGCAGUCAUUCCUAAGGAGAAGUUUGAUUUGAUCUGGAACCGGGCUCAGUCCUGUCCAACAUUUCUGUGUGCACUGCCAAGAAGGGAAGGCUAUGAGUUCUUUGUUGGACAAUGGACAGGUACUGAACUUCACUUCACUGCACUUAUAAAUAUUCAGACCCGAGGGGACGCUGCAGCCAGCCAGUUGAUUUUAUAUCACUACCCUGAACUUAAGGAAGAAAAGGGAAUAGUGCUGAUGACAGCAGAAAUGGAUUCCACAUUUCUGAAUGUUACUGAGGCACAGUGCAUCGCCAAUCAAGUUCAGCUCUUCUAUGCCACUGAUCGUAAAGAGACCUAUGGGUUAGUGGAGACAUUUAACUUCAGACCAAAUGAGUUCAAAUAUAUGUCUGUCAUCGCUGAAUUGGAGCAAAGUGGACUUGGAGCAGAACUGAAAUGUACCCAGAACCAGGAUAAGACUUAGAGCUAUACAGGCUGGCCCUUCACAGAGUCAGCUCUGCCCUGGCUGGUGUAGGAAAACCACCACCCCCACCCCGAACUCAAGAGCUCAGCACCUGUAAUAAGCAGUCUGUAAAGAGUUGCCCUACGUGUUUACUGCAAGAAGUGAUCAUGGAGAUGAGCCUUAAUACUUGACAUUCAGGAAUAAAGGUACCCACAUAUUCUAAUAAUUACCUCGCAGCAUA